AUGUCUUGGAAACAUGCUGUGGUCGUACUGUUGUGCACCGUCAUAGGUGUCAAGGGGAAGGCUGUCCCUCCCCUUCCAGAUUUUGGAAAAACAUAUCAUGUUAAAGGUGUAAUCUCACUGCCUUAUGCUGAAAUCCUGGAGCCAUUUGAGGCCUGGUUGGACCUCGGUGCCAAGUCCAGUCGAAUUGACUACUAUCAUGGGCAAGUUUCAACCUACCAGCUGGGAGGAGAUCAGCAAUAUGGGACUUCCUACAAGAUAAGUCCAGAGACCACUGAGUCUGAGCUCAAUGUCAUGAAGUGUUUUCAAGUUAAUGGAACCAAAGAUGAUCUCGUCAAACCACAAACCUCUCUACCGGAUGUACAGGGCUUCCAGUUUUUGAGGAUGGAGUACUAUGGCGGCUCCCUAUGUGAGGUCUGGCAGAAUGUCACAACUGUGGGGAAUAAGAAAAACUCUUACACUCUGUGGGUGACCCGCACCGAGAGUGGUCCAGAUGCUACACCUUUACAUUAUGAGAUGAUGGGCUACAACACCCUGCUGGGGUCCCACUAUGACAAAUAUCUGGUGGACUACAAAGAAUAUAGUUCUCAUGUGGACCCCAAAGCCUUUUCACUUCCUGAAGGAAUGACUUGUGGAGGAUUCCCUGGCCCCGGAGUGGAACACCACAUACUUGCCAAUCCAAUGAAGGAACUCAUUCACACGUCUGCCGCUGGUCAUGCAGGGCACAUCUUUAACCAUUUCAAAGAGAAGUUUCAGCGACAGUAUGGCAGUGAGCGGGAGCAUGAGGAGAGGGAGCAGGCUUUUGUCAAUAAUCUACGGUACGUCCAUUCAAAGAACAGAGCAGGGCUGUCCUAUUCUCUGGCUCUGAACUCCCUGUCUGAUCGCACCAUGUCGGAAAUGGCUGUGAUGAGAGGAAGACAAAAGGGCAAAACUCCUAAUCUGGGGCGUCCUUUCCCUACAUUUUAUCAGAACGUGAAGGUGCCAGAGUCUCUCGACUGGAGACUUUAUGGUGCUGUGACUCCAGUGAAGGACCAAGCCAUCUGUGGCUCUUGUUGGAGCUUUGCCACUACUGGAACGAUAGAGGGCGCACUUUUUCUAAAGACUGGCUCCCUGCAGGUUCUGUCCCAGCAGGUUCUGGUGGACUGCUCUUGGGGUUUUGGCAAUAAUGGUUGUGAUGGAGGUGAGGAAUGGAGAGCAUACGAGUGGAUUAUGAAACAUGGAGGCAUUUCCACAACUGAGACUUACGGUGCUUACAUGGGAAUGAAUGGGUUUUGCCACCUGAACGAUUCCCAGCUCACGGCUCGUAUUCAGAGCUACACUAAUGUCACGUCCGGCGAUGCAGAAGCUCUGAAAGUGGCUCUCUUCAAACAUGGACCUGUAGCUGUCAGCAUUGAUGCAGGCCACCGAUCGUUUGUGUUUUAUAGCCAUGGAGUCUACUAUGAGCCUGCCUGUGGGAACACUACAGAUACUCUGGACCAUGCAGUGCUGGCCGUUGGAUAUGGCAGUCUGGGUGGGGAGCCGUACUGGUUGAUUAAAAACUCCUGGUCCACUUACUGGGGCAACGAUGGGUACAUCCUUAUGUCAAUGAAGGACAACAACUGUGGCGUUACCACCGAUGCCACGUAUGUGACUCUGUCCUAG